GGCUAGUGAGAAGACCUUAUAACCUGCAUCUUUAAAUAAAUGUGAAAAAUACUGAGCUCUGUGGCAACUCUACAGAUGUAGCCAUCUUUCUUUCUUUUACCAACUUCACGCAGCGUGGACGUCGAUUCAUAAAGGGAACAUCAAACAAAAUGACGAACUCAAAGGGCUACCGCCGUGGCACACGUGAUAUGUUCUCUCGUCCCUUCCGAAAGCAUGGUGUCAUACCACUGUCUACUUACAUGCGAGUAUUUAAGAUUGGAGACAUCGUGGACAUUAAGGGACAUGGCGCCGUACAGAAGGGUUUGCCCUACAAGGCAUACCACGGCAAAACUGGGCGCAUUUUUAAUGUAACUCAGCACGCUGUUGGUGUUAUUGUAAAUAAGCGUGUACGCGGUAAGAUACUUGCCAAGCGUGUUAAUGUACGCAUCGAACACAUCCACCACUCCAAGUGCCGGGAGGAUUUCCUGCGUCGCGUUAAGGAAAACGAGCGCUUACUAAAAGAGGCCAAGGGAAAGGGACAAUGGGUCAGCCUGAAGCGCCAGCCCGAACAUCCAAAGAAGGCGCACUUCGUUAAGAAGUUGGAGGAACCUAUCGCUCUGGCUCCAAUUCCAUACGAAUUCAUUGCCUAAUCGAAUUUUGUUUGUGGCCUUGGAAUUUGUUUGUUCAGCAGUAAAUUAAAUGAUUUUCUAUUCAACGCUGCAA